AUGAGGAGGAAUAAGAACGCAAUCAGAUCAAUUAAGAAGCAAGACGGCUCUGUGGUUGAUGAUCCCAUCCAAAUAGGGAACUACAUAGCUGACUUCUAUGAGAAUUUUCACAAAGCAACCCCGACGGUUCAGCAUGAGAAAUUACUGGACAAUAUUCCCUUGAUCCUAAACCAAGCUAAUCAUUACCACAUAGAUGCCUUUCCUGGCGAUGCAGAGAUCAAAAGGGUUGUGUGGAAGCUUGAUCCGAACAGCUUGCCAGGUCCUGACGGCUUCCCUGGGGCUUUCUUCAGAAGAUGCUGGCAAAUUGUGAAAAAAGAAGUGAGCAACGCGGUCAGAUAUUUUUUCAGCUCAAGCUGCAUGCUGCAGGGUGUGAACAAUAAUUUCCUUGUGCUGAUCCCUAAGGUAGAUGGGGCAGAUAACCUAGGAAACUUCCGACCCCUAUGCAUGGGAAACUUCUUCUGUAAAAUUAUUACAAAGGUGAUGGCAUUGAUGUUGGAGCCUCUUCUUCGCAGAUUAAUAUCUGAUGAGCAAGGCGCUUUCCAAAAAGGAAAGAUUAUUCAUGACAAUAUUAUGGUUGCUUCAGAGCUUGCGAACUUGAUGUUCUCUUCCAACAGAGGAGGGGGUAUCGGCAUAAAAAUCGACAUCAGAAAAGCCUAUGACACAAUUGACUGGACGUUUAUUUUUUAUGUUCUGCAUAGAUUCGAUUUCUCUGAGAGAUGGAUCGGAUGGCUCAACCAAAUUCUAAUAUCUUCUAAGAUAUCAAUUCUAGUUAAUGGAGGACCGCAAAGUUUUUUUAAUGUGGAAUGA